AUUCUGACAGUUUUGCGAACUGCUUUUGAACGCUCUGAAACGUUCUAGCCCAUCACAACCAUGUCGAACGCUACUGACAAAGCGCGCUUUUACCUGGAGAAGUCAGUGCCGGAGCUUAAAGAAUAUGAGCAAAAAAAGAUCUUUUCCAAGGAAGAAAUCUCGGCGAUUGUGAAGAAGAGAUCUGAUUUCGAGCAUAAACUCAAUGCUCGCGGUGCCCUGCCCUCCGACUUUGUACGAUAUGCGCAAUAUGAAAUGAACUUGGAUAGCUUGCGACGGAAGAGGGUGAAGCGCUUGGGUAUCAAGAUGGCAGGCCACACCGGACAGCGGAGGAUUUUCUUCAUCCUGGAUCGUGCGACACGCAAAUUUCACGGUGAUCUCGGCUUGUGGAUCCAAUACAUCGAAUAUACCAGAAAGCAGAAGGCCUACAAGAAGCUCUCGAAUAUUCUCACGGAUGCCUUGCGACUACACCCCACCAACGUUGAUCUGUGGAUAUAUGCCGCACAGUACCAAGUGGAAGAGCACGCUGAUAUGACACAGUCUCGAAGCUACAUGCAGCGCGGACUGAGAUUUUGCAAGAGCUCAAAGAAGUUAUGGCUUACUUAUGCGAAGCUGGAGAUGAUCUACAUCGCCAAGCUCGUUGCUCGACAGCGGAUUCUGGGGCUUGACAAGCCUAUCAAGGCCUCCAAGGAAGAACCUCUAGACGAUAUGGAUGGAGAUAUGAUCAGGCUGCCAACAAUCACCGGAGAGGACAUCAAUCCCAGCGCCGAGAAUGAGAAUGACGUGGAUGAAGCAGCGCUGGAAACCCUUAAUUCGACACCUGCCCUGAGCGGCGCAAUCCCACUUGCCAUUUUCGAAACAGCCAUGAAGAAUUUCAGCAAUGAUGACAGAUUCGGCCAUGAGUUCUAUGAUAUGGCAGCUGAGUUCGAAGACCUGCCGUGCCUGCGCAAGAUUCUGGAACAUGUGGUCGAUUCUCUGCAGAAAGCGAAGCCCGACAGUCCCCAUACGCUCAUAUGUUAUAUCAAGCUCCCUACAGCAGGAGUCCACGUCACUUCACCCGAGUUCCCACGUGCUUUCGGAACAUCCUUUGGUCGUCUCACGGCUUACCGCAACAGUCCCUCCGUCGCCAAGGAGGUCAUUAGUUGGUUGCAACCACUCGCGAAGACCGAAGGCCUGGAUCCUUCAUUGCAAAAGGCUCUGCUUGCCACCAUUCACAAUGCGGAGCGAGUCGUUGAGGAACUUUAGGUUUUAUACGUUGUGAUAGAAGUGAGUUGCUGGCGUUAACGGAGUGAUCAUCUGCAGGCUGCGUUAGCAGGCAGAAGGAGGGGUAAUGGAAAAGUUAGCAUCAUUCUAGUCGUCGUUACUGCCUCGUCUGCUACUCUUUUUGCUGCUGAGAAAUUUCUUUGAUUUGAUACGAGCCUCGUUCGCCGCCUUUUGCCUGUAUAGCGUCUGUUAGCUGCGAGUCGCACAUUGUUUCAUAAAUGACCAAGCAUCUCUCCGGCAUGCAUACAAUUUUUGGACUCGGUCCUUUUGUUCUUGCGAUGUUUCUCCAGGGAUAGCAUCCACU